UACUUUGUGCCUACGAAAAUAUUUUAAACAAAUUCUCUUUGCGUCUUAUCAGUUGGUGACAUUUUUGGACAUAGAGAAAGUAGUCAGGUGGUAAUCAGUAGGUACUACUGUUUUUUGGUUAAAACUAUUUCAAAAUUCUUGUAACUGCACUUCCAUAAUUUUAAGUAAAAAAAAUACCUACACCAUUUAUACUUAUUUAAUAAAGAUUAUUAAAGGUUCAAAAUUCAUUUGACUAAUAUGGCUAACAAAGAAUUAAUAUCGAAAUUAGCUGACAUCCCUUUAGCAAAGCCGGGGUUUGAUGCACUCAAUAUGUCGGCACCUGUCAUGGUACAAAUGAAUCCUGAUGGCAAAUGGGAAAACACCAAACCUGAAAAUUUAGAUGAAGCAAGACUGAAAGCGAUUGUUCAGCACUUGGUCAAUUCUAAGGCAUUGUCAGCAGCACAAAGUUACUGCUGCCAGUGUGCUAGGGAAAAUAAGAAGGCUGGAGAUAAAUCUAAUUAUGUACCUGUGAUAAUGAUGCCUAUUUAUCCUGCUGAUCAAUGUCCGUUUGAUAUGGAUUGUGAAGUACAAAAAAUCAAAGAAGCAGAUUUUAAACAAACUUCUAAGGCUAAGAAAACUAAAAAGACUGAAUUAGAUAAAUCGGAUACAGAAAAAGAAAAAGACAAGAAAAAAACGAAAAAAAGGGGAUUCGUCUUACAGCGGCUAACAGAUUUUGACUUACUGUCUCAGUGGUAACGGUUAUAAUUUUACACCUGUUUAUUUUCAAAAUGUCUGUAUUAUUGGAGUGGUUAGUAAAUUUUAUUAAAUGAGUUUUAUCUUUUAUAUAAAUGCUUUAUUUCGACG